AUGACAUUACUGAAUAUAUUCGAUAUGUUUGAUUUUGACUGUGACGGUGUGCUGUCACGGAAUGAAUACGGUGCUUUCUCUCUCGCUACGGCCGAUACUCCACCAGAUGAUGAAGUAAGUCAAUUUGAUACCCGUGCUGAUGGAAUUACUAUGGCAGGAUUUCUUUUCAUGCAUGAGUGUGAGGCAUUCUCCGGUGAUGAUUUAGCGGUGCCGGACAUUUGGGAAUCACUUUAUCGACUUGGAUACGAUAACAGCCUGCAACUUCAUUACGUAUGUUGUACUGAUAAGACUAAUUCCUGGUUAUCAGCAUGUUUCAAAGAACUUCUCCGACUCUUACUGACUGCUGUGACGAGAAACGAACGGGAUCAAAUCCUUCGUGGUCUUUACUAUCGUGGAAGACCUGACGAUGCAUCUGCUAUCACUGCCCAUAUUUUUACCACUGAAUACUUUGGAAUGAUGAUUGUUCGUAAUACAAAUGGCGAUACAAAGGUAAGGACACUCCCUUCAAAGCCAAUUAAUCACAACUUGAUUGGGAACUCUGGUGAAGCGUUUCUUCCCCCAUUUAAUUACUUGUUCCAGAACGAUAAAAAGAAAACCUAUCGAGUGGAAAUCAUUGAAGAAAUGAACGUUGAAUGGAAUUUCUUCCUUGGACGUGAUGAUAUCGACCCGAAAACCUAUGGUGACUGGGUAAGUAGCCCUACUCCAAGGCCAUUUCCGGCAGCGGUCAAAUUGUACCCUGUUCUCAGAAAGCACUCACAGAGGUCAAAGACUGACAGCAUUUCACGCUCUUUAUGA